GCCAUGACAGACAGCGGGAGACUCAGUGGGCGGGACUUCCGGGGCCAGCCCACCUGCAGGAGAGGCACCUGGAUGAUCUAACAACACAACAGACAAGACCACGGAACAGAAAACACUUUUCAGGACAACAUAAGAUAAAUUAUUCCUCUCUUUUACAUGGAACUUUUUUCGCUUUGCCGUUUCCAUUUUUUUGGAGUUGCAACCGCCGUUUAGUGGAUUUUCCUUCUUUUUUUUUUUUUUCUUUUUUUUUUUUUUAAACUACAACGAUGCUCAUGCACAGGGUUUUAAAGAUCGUGUUUCUGGCUUUGAUGUGUCUGCAUGAAUCUGAUGCCAUCCCCACUUCAGGGUGCGAGGCAGACGGGUGCAGCAAAGGCCAGACUCCUGCAUUCCCUUUGUUGUCCUCCUCCGAGGGAAACUCACAGCAGCCCUCUCAGGACUUGUUAGAUCAGUUUACCCAGGUGAACUCGCCAAAUAACGCAGACCGUAAACACCGUGAUGCCAGUGCCGUCAUGCCCUUCGUCGGCCUCACCAACAGUGCUGAGCAGAGCCGAAGCUGUUGUAAGAAUGGAGGGACUUGUAUUCUGGGCAGCUUCUGUGCUUGUCCUCCCUUCUUUACCGGCAGGAGCUGUGAGUACAACCAGCGCAUCAGGCGCUGUGGUUUGAUUCCGCAUGGUGAAUGGGUCCGUAAGGGCUGUUCCUACUGCCGCUGUGGUUAUGGUUUCUUGCACUGCUUCCCCCACGUCUUUCAUAACGACUGCGAUGACUCGGAGGACGUGCACUGGUAUCGUUCCUCCACCGCCAGGACGCUUCAGACCAGCUGUUUUCUGAACAUGACCCUGCUUCUGACGCUUUAUAUUCUUCUAUGAUAUUCUGUGCUGUGCAGAAACGAGACAUUUCCAAAACU